AUGGUCUACACUCCGAAAAACGUUGUUAUCACUGGUGGUUGUGGUUUUAUUGGUUCGAAUUUCGUCAAUUACAUUCAUGGCGCUUGGCCAAAUUGUAACUUUGUGAAUGUGGACAAAUUGAUUCUCAAUAGUGACACACAAAAUGUGGAUGAAGAUGUGCAAAACUCACCGAGAUAUAAAUUGGCGUUGGCUGAUAUCAAAAAUCGAGAUGCGAUUCUGAAGAUUUUUGAGGAGAAUGAGGUUGGUAGGGCGAUCAAAAUCUUGAUCCUUUUUUAAUUAAAAACUUUUUACCUAUCUUUCGUCCGACUAGCAUGUUCGGUCAAAAAGUCUUACAAGUAACUCACCAAAUCCAAUUUUUCCAGACCGACACCGUGAUUCAUUUUGCUGCUGAUUGCACUUCAACAAGAUGUUACAACGAAACUUCUGAAGCUGUUCACAAUAACGUUCUUUCGUUCAUCCAAUUUUUGGAAACUGUUCGAGUUUAUGGAAAAAUCCAACGUUUCGUUCAUAUCAGUACUGAUGAGGUAAAAAAAACACUUUUAACAUUAAAAUUGAAAAAAAAAUUUCCAGGUUUACGGUGACUCUGGACUUGGGGCCGAUGAAGCUGGGAAAGUUGAAAAUUCCCGUUUGCUCCCAGGAAACCCAUACGCAGCAACUAAAAUUGCUGGAGAAGCCUAUGUUAGCGCAUAUCAAGCACAAUACAAUCUCCCAAUUGUUACCGCUAGAAUGAAUAACAUCUAUGGACCAAAUCAAUGGGAUGUUAAAGUUGUACCAAGAUUUAUCGAAAUCGCUAAAGUUCGAGGAGAAUAUACGAUUCAAGGUUCAGGAAAACAAUUGAGAUCUUGGUUGUUUGUAAAUGAUGCGAGCGCUGGUCUCAAAGCGAUCACUGAAAAAGGAGAACUUGGGGAGAUUUAUAAUCUUGGAACUUAUUACGAGAAAAAUGGUGGGUAACCAAUAAACUACGAAUUUUAAAAGAACAUUUUUUGCAGUGGCUGAUUUGGCGCAAACAAUUCAACAAGAAGUUGAUUCCCAACUUGGUCGCCCUUAUGAACCACCAAGAUAUAAAUCAAUUCCAGAUCGACCAUACAAUGAUCUUCGCUAUUUUAUUAGUAUUGAAAAAGCGAAGGAACAACUUGGAUGGGAGCCAACAACAUCUUUUGAUGAUGGCAUGAAAUUUACUGUUGCUCAAGCUCUCAAAAAUCAUAAACAUGUCAAAAUGCACGUGGCAAUUUAUGGAGGAAAAGGAUAUGUUGGACAAGAACUUCAACAUGUUCUCAAAGCUAGACAAAUUCCAUAUGUUUUAGCAGAAAAGAAAGUCGGUUUUCAUAGUGACGAAGAAGUUCAAAAUGAAUUGGCUACAUUGGGAGUGACUCAUGUUAUUUGUGUUACUGGAAGAACUCAUGGACCUGGAUGUAAUACAAUUGAAUAUCUUGAAGGUGGAGCUGAUAAAGUUUACAUCAAUGUCAGAGAUAAUAUGUACAGCGCAACUAUUUUGGCACAUUUGUGCAGAAAUUUGGGACUUCAUUACACUUAUAUUGGAACUGGUUAUAUGUUUGCGUAUGAUAAAGAACAUCCAAUUGAUGGAGCUAUGUUCAAAGAUGAUGAUGAACCAUCAUUUUUCGGAUCUGCUUAUUCAGUUGUGAAAGGAUUUACUGAUCGUCAAAUGACACAUUUCAAUCAAAAAGGAUGGGAAAAUUUGAAUGUUCGAAUCACACUUCCUCUUAGUUUGGAUUUGCAACAACCAAGAAAUUUGCUAUCGAAAAUUAUCAACUACAAGGAACUUUUCGAUAUUCCAGUUUCUCUUACAAUUCUUCCUGAUUGCAUGAAUGCAAUGCUCAAUUUGAUGGAGCAAAGACAAGGUGGAACUCUUAAUUUGGUCAAUCCAGAACCAAUCAGUUUGUACGAAGUUGUAAAAAUCUAUCAAGAGGUUUGCUGAAUUUUCUGAUAAACCACUAGUUAAUUUCAAUUUUUCAGAAAGUUGACCCAAAUGUUAACCCCGCUCCAAUUGGCGUCGAAACUGAAAGAGCUCAACAACUCUUGGCUACUAAAGGAAACUGUGCUUUGGACACCGAUUUGUUACAAAAAUUGUCACCAAUUUUGUCAUCUAGAGACAGUUUGAUUCAACAUUUCGAAAAAAUGGCUGUUUCAAAAUAA